UCUGUCAAUUUUUCGCGCGAGAUCAACCGAAAUUUCAAAUAAUUUUCCAGCUUGGGAAUUUUCGAAAAAUGUAAGCAUCACCUAUCGGAGGAAAUUGUAAGUAAGGUUGGCGCCAUGUUCAAUCACUAAGAGCCCCCACUCUGCGAAAAAAAUUACAAGCGAAAACUGGUAAAGUUGUGGUGUUCCAAAUUCUGUUUAUCUUCGCUUGAUAUGGAAAACUCGUGUUGACCGGUCGGUUCAAAAUUCAGAGAAGUGCCCAAAACUCGUUAUUCUCACCAUGAAGCACCCACAAGCGUGUGCGCAAAAAUUUGCUUUGUAUGUUUACAAAAACAACCACUUGGGGGAGAGUUUCGUAAUUACGAAAACGGAGGCACAGAAGCUGUAUGAAGCCUUCAAAAUGGAGCACAGGACGCAAGUCGGGUUCCGGACGGUGUUGAACUACAGUAAGGGGUUCCUCACGCGGGUGGAACGAGACACUGUGUUAGUAUACAAUGAAAGAAAGCUGCUUCGAUUGAAAGAAAAUGAAGCCAACAUUGAUAUGGCUUUCAACACCAGCGAUUCCGCUCAAAUGAAUAAUUCCAGCGGCUACGCGAGCGUUAGUCCCGAAAAGUACGACGUGUUUUCAGAAAAAGUGUGCAACUUCUGUGGAAUCAAGUUCUUGAAGCAAGAAGACUUUGAGACGCAUUUAAGCGAGAAAGAGCACGUUUUUCUAUGUGAUCUGGAUAGAGCUUUCAAAAUCGCCAGAAUCAUCCCUUCCCCUCUCGAAUUCACCAUCAACGGCUCCCCAGACCUCAAAAGCAUAAUCAUGCGCAAAAACAUCCCCAAAACUUUUUUUCUAAGAGUCAGGAACUCCUCCCCCAAAACUGUCGCCAUAUUGUCGAUUCAAACCCACCCGAAAAUAACCGAAGUCGGGUUCAAACCGGUCUGUCCGAGCAAGAUUCUUCCGUCGAGCACGGUCACGUGGGAACUGACAGUCCUGGUCCAAAACGAGAUACUUUCUUACCCAAUUUUAGUCAAAAUCGAGAACAAGGAAAUUUUAAAUGUCGCCGUCCAACUGGUUUUCCACGCACAUGAUGAAUUCUUCGACGAUUUACACCCAGUGGCGCCCUUCCAACGCUUCGAGAAAUUCAUCGACGACGAUCUUGACAAUGUUGAAAAUGGGGAAUUUCCUCCGUGGCCACCGACGAAAGCCAGUUUGAUGAAGCAGUACCACAUUCCGUCGGACUUGGCGGCGAUUUUGAACGCCAAUUUUACAACUAAUCAGGCGAUGUCGACCAAACAACAAGCGGAACUAGAAAACAUAAAGGGGUUAAUCGACAAUGACAACAAACAAGCGUCGUUACAAGUCCAGAAAAACUACACCAAACUCUUGAAGGUACUACUGCACAUGGAAGAGCACCAAAUGUCCAAAGACAUGCGCGGGUACGACCGGAACGAGCAAACCCUGAAAAAGCGCGGGCACUUCGUCGAGCUCGAGGUACCCGACUUAGCCGAGCGCCGUCCGUCCAUCCUCGUCUCCGACGUGGUCCGCGUGAAAGACCCCAACCACAACAAAGUACUCUACAACGGGGUCAUCCAACAAGUCAAGGAGUCAAGCGUGGUGCUGCGAUUCUCGCGAAAGUUCAUGGAUAGAGUCUUCGCCCCUCACAUCAAAUUCCACGUGGGGUUCACCUUCAACCGAUUUUGUUUACGGGCACAGCAUCAAGCCAUCGAGUUGACAAACUCUGACAAUAUUGCCCACUUUUUUUUCCCGAAGGUGAUCCCGAACACCGUCUGUCCACGAAUCGAGUUAGCUUGGUUUAAUAAAGAUGUAGGGAACAACCCAGAGCAGCAGCAGGCGGUUCGUGCAAUUUUACAAAAGUCGGCCAUGCCGGCGCCAUAUUUGGUUUUCGGGCCACCGGGUACUGGUAAAACGAUGACCUUAGUGGAGUCGGUUAAGCAAAUUUAUCAACGAACUAAUGAAAAGGUACUGGUGUGUACCCCGUCUAAUAGUGCCGCGAAUGAGUUGACGAAACGCUUGACCGAUACAGUACCAGCUGGUGAUCUAUUCAGAUACGUAGCUAUAAGUUUUUCGGACCACAUGCCUCAAGAAUUAAUACGUUAUAGCAACUUCCAACGUGGUACUUUUUAUCAUCCGGUGAUGGACGAAAUCGUGCGGUACCGCAUUGUUAUUACCACGUUGAUUACCGCAGUCAAGCUUGUGAAUAAAAACUGUCCCAAGAACCACUUCACGUACGUGUUUAUAGAUGAAGCGGGACAAGCUACCGAGAGCGAGACUUUAGUACCAAUCGCUCGGAUUUUGUCCCGGAAGGAAAAAACUGGGUGUAUUUUCGGACAGAUUGUGCUAGCUGGUGAUCCCAGACAAUUGGGACCGGUUAUACACUCCACGUUAGCUAAAGAGUGUGGUUUGGGUACUUCCAUGUUGGAACGACUCAUCGACACGUGUCCGCAGUACCAGAAAAACCAAUCAGGGAAAUAUAAUCCGUGCGCUUUAACCAAACUCCUCAAGAAUUACCGCUCCCACCCCGUCAUUCUCAACCAACCCAAUGAGCUCUUCUACGAAAACGAACUCCAAAUAGCCGGUGAUAACCUCAUCAACGCUUGUGUUAACUGGGAGGUACUACCAAACAAAGACUUCCCUCUCAUCUUCCAUAGCGUGAUCGGCGAAGACCAAAGAGAGCAAAACUCCCCCAGUUUUUUCAACAUCCAAGAAAUUCAAGUCAUCGUUGACUAUUUAGAUAAGCUAGUCGGGUGUAGAAUGCAAGGGGUUACCGUGCGACAACAAGACAUCAUGGUGGUGUCACCCUACAAAAAACAAGUAGACAAACUCAAACAAGCGUGUAAAAAAAAGGGAUACGAAGGUUUGUUCGUUGGAUCUGUGGAACAGGUCCAAGGACAAGAGCGCUUGGUUGUUAUAGUGUCCACGGUUAGAUCCAAAACGCAACUACUCGGGUACGACUUGAAGUACCAUCUGGGUUUUUUGAACAACCCGAAACGCUUCAACGUGGCGAUUACCCGGGCCAAAGCACUUUUAAUAGUGGUAGGAAACCCGAAGGUACUACAACUCGACAAGUACUGGGGGAGUCUGAUCGAGUACUGUCGCAACAACGGUGCAAUAGUGGGUGAGAAGAUGGAACCUGAAAGCGACGAAACGUUGAGCGAUGCACAGAAUAUGUCGCUUCUGGGUGAGUCCAAGUCGGGUUUAAACGAAUCUGACUGGGUUGUAGAAGAAACGAGCACCGAAGAGCCAAGUUCUAUCUAAUUUUAUAUUAAUUUUUCUUUACUUUAUUAUAAAAUUUUAUAAAC